AAAUCUGUGAAAAAAGGAUAAAUUUUUCUAGGGCAAAGUGGAAGCACGGCCAACAAAAUGUCGAGUAAAAAAAGUAACUUUAUCAUCAGGAAGAAGAUGUAAGAUGGGAAAUCAAUUAUCAAGUAUUGCACCUUCCCAAAUCCUGAGUGUAGAUCAUUAUUUCAGUGAUUUACGUGAUUAUGAAUAUGAUAUAAGCUUAGGUAGCACAAGAUUCUUCAAAGUUGCAAGAGCAAAACAUAAGGAAGGUUUAUGUGUUGUGAAGGUAUUUGCUAUCCAGGAUCCAUCAUUACCCUUACAGACAUACUACAAACACAUCAAGGAAAUUUCAGACAAACUUCAAACAGUCCAAUAUGUUUUGCCUUUUGAAAGAAUCAUCAUUACAGAGAAGGCUGGCAUCUUGGUUAGGCAAUAUAUGAAGGAUAACCUUUAUGAUAGAAUAAGUACAAGACCAUUCCUAAAUGCUCUUGAAAAAAAAUGGAUUGUGUUUCAGCUGUUGUGUUCUCUAGUGCAAUGUCAUCAAAAUGAUAUUUUUCAUGGUGACAUUAAAACAGAAAAUAUUAUGGUAACUAGUUGGACAUCAGUUCUUCUUACUGAUUUUGCUUCAUUCAAACCUACAUUCCUACAAAAAAAUAAUCCCGCAGACUUUUCCUAUUUCUUUGAUACGUCACGGAGACGAACAUGUUACCUUGCACCAGAGAGAUUUAUAGACACUAAAACUGCUGAGGUCAUUAAUACUGCUAGCACAGAACUUCCAGAUUCAAUGGACUUGGGUUUAAUGAAAGAUCAUGUUUCAGAGUUAACUUCAAAAAUGGAUAUUUUCUCAUUGGGUUGUGUGAUCACAGAAUUGUUUAGUGAAGGUAUUCCUUUGUUUGAUCUUUCAAAACUGCUUGCGUAUCGUAGUAAUGAUUAUGAUCCUUUGCUGUCUUUGGAAAAAAUUGAUGAUGUUCAUGUAAAGGAAUUGAUCAGUGAGAUGAUAUCAAAAGAUCCAGAGAAACGUGGUGAAGCAUUUGAAUAUCUAGAGAGAUACAGAGGAUCAUUAUUCCCUGAAGAAUUUUUUACUUUCCUUCGUGCGUUUAUGGUUCGUUUUGCUUCAGUACCCGUACUUACUCCAGAUGAAAAAGUUGUCAGAAUUGCAGAUUGUAUUUCUGUUAUCUUGAAAGAGCUGGCUGGUAAAAAGGAAAAUCUUAUCAAGGAAAAUGGUACUCUUGUAUUGAUAAUUUCGUUGAUUACAUCCAGUGUUAGAAACUGUCAUCAUUGUCAUUCCAAGCUGAAAUGUUUAGAGUUGUUACUGCAAUUGGCUGAAAAUUCCAAUGAUGAAUUGAUCAUAGAAAGAGUUGUGCCUUAUGUAUUGUAUCUUAUCGGAGAUAGUGCUGCACGUGUUAGAGCACGCGCAAUUUGGACUUUAACUCAGAUAUUACAGCUCGUUGAAAUCCUACCACCAGAUGAAGGGAACAUAUUCCCUGAGUAUAUUCUUCCUGCAUUGAUGAACUUACCGGACGAUGAGGAAGUAAUAGUUCGUAUAGCAUACGCUGAGAACAUAGCUUCUAUUGCUGAAAUUGCGUUGAAUUUUCUGGAAAUGGCACAGCUAAGGUAUAACAAUACGGUUAGCGAAGAAGAAGGUCAGGAACAGACUUCGAGAUAUCAGGGAAGUUACGAUGCCGAGCUGCAACAAUUGCAUGAAGUAAUUCAGACAAAAGUUGUAAAACUGCUCAGUGACUCUGAGAAUAUAGUGAAACAAACUUUACUAGAGAAAGGCAUUACACGACUCUGUGUGUUUUUCGGACGACAGAAAGCAAAUGAUGUCCUUUUGUCUCACAUGAUCACCUUUCUCAACGAUAAAAAGGAUUGGCACUUGAGGGCGUCUUUUUUUGACAGCAUUGUUGGUGUUGCGUCAUAUGUUGGUUGGCAGAGUUUAGCCAUGUUAAAACCGCUCUUACAACAAGGUUUGACCGAUAAUGAAGAGUUUGUUAUAUGUAAAUCGUUAAACGCGUUGACUUAUCUUGGUGAGCUUGGCUUGUUGCAGAAAUCAACACUGUACGACUUCACCUCAGAUAUUAUUGUAUUUCUUUCUCAUCCGAAUAUAUGGAUUCGUUAUGGGGCUGUUGGUUUUGUCACUGCUGUUGCAAAAACACUCAGUGCAGUUGAUGUUCAUUGUAAAUUUUUACCGUUGCUACAGCCGUACUUCAAAGAAAAAAUUGUUCACGCAGACCAAGAUGUUUUGCUAAUAAGUGUUCUUAAAGAGCCAUUGUCGCGUUCUGUGUUUGAUUUCAUCGUACGGUCUGAGAACGUGAAAGCCUUCUAUGAUUGCCUACAUGAACGUCAGGUUUUGAGACGUCAAAACAAGGCACAUGUCAAAGUGGAAUAUCCAAAAAUUGAAAAUGAUGUAUUGUCUCAUAUGUUCCGUAAACUCAUAGCCCAGGGAAUGAACGAUGAACAAGAAGAUACUUUAAUACUGUUGAAGACAGUCAUUUUAAAAUUACACAACUCAAAAAUAAACUUCAUCACUUUAUCCGACAAAGGAGUCAACAAAAAGGUUACUCGCCAUCCAGGGGUUAUCGAUUUAAAACAAUUUGGUACUAAAGUUGAAAGGCAGCAUGCCGAUCUUCUUGUUAAAUCAGAACAGAAACAGGACGUGGUUGCAACUACAUCGAAGAGUGUAAAAAAAUCAAAGCGUGAAUAUCAGUCACCUAUGAACGCUGAAUGGAAUCAAAUAUUUGGAAACAUGAACGAGAAAGGCAACUCUAGGAAUUUACCAAUGGCUGAUGUUGUUAAUGAAAAGAAACCUCUCACAAGAUCUGCUUCAAUGCCACAGACGACCAAAACAAAACAACGUACUUACUCCAUUCGCGCUAUGGAUGACGUCACCAUUUCCCCCGUUUCUCCGACAUCAUCAUGCAGCUCCAAGGCAGAAACAUUCAAGAAAUCUCUUUAUGAUUUAGUGAAAUACAAACGAGAGCAAUAUUCUGAAGAGUUAGAAACAAGACUGCUUAUCAACGAGGCUCUUUACUCAAAUAACAAAGGACAAAUUAGGCGUCCAAAGGGAAAUUUAAUCAUUCAUUUACACGAACAUAAAAGCGCGGUUACAAAGCUACAAGUUUGUCCAAACACAUCUCUCUUUGCAUCUAUAUCUAAUGACGGAACAAUGAAACUAUGGGAUACACAGCGUGUUGAAAAACACGGCAUGAUUGUAAAAUCUUGCUUUACGUUUCAACUCCAACAUGCCGAUACAACCACACGUGGUAAGGUACGAGGGAUUGUUUUUCUUCAGAAAGAACAACAUCUGGCUUGUGCUAGUGACAAAGGAGAUGUUUACAUUAUCAAUCCAGAGGUGACACCAACUCCUACACAAAUGACACAAUGUCCCAUGUAUAAACCUGUCGUAAAACUCAGCACAAGAUUGGAUACAGCACAGGGCGGGGACCUUGUUGACAUGCAUCAUUUUUACACCGCUUCUCAUUCAGUGUUGUCAUAUGCUACCGUACGAGGUUUGAUAUAUGGCUGGGACGUCCGUGUAUCUUCGACAAUAUGGAAAUUACAGAAUGAUCCUGCUUUUGGAUUGAUCACAUCAUUUUUUGUCCAUCCAUCUCAAUGUUGGCUUACUGUUGGCACAAGUCACGGAGAGAUUAUUUGUUGGGAUUUGAGAUUUCAAUUACCUGUUGCUAGAGUAACCCAUCCUAGAGGUGCCAGAGUUCGAAGAUUAUCUGCAGCACCAUUGUUAAACUCAAAACCAUCUUGUGUGACUUGUUCAUUUGAUGGCAAUAAUGAGGUCUCUAUGUGGAACUUAGAGACUGGAGCAUGCGAGAAAGCUCUAUGGGCAAGUAAUGCUCCUCCACUAUCACAAACACAGGUGUCCCAACAUUCGGUCUAUGGUAUUUAUACAAGUAAUCCAGACAUCGGUCAGUUUAUUUUAACUGGUGGUUCAGAUAGACGAAUUCGUCUUUGGGAUCUUCAAUCACCUAACGAGUCAUGCCUUAUAGCGGGAUCGUCUUCUGACAAUCUCAACGAUGUCGUCUUGAGAUACAGCUCACGUCUUAUUGAUGGCACUAAAGUUUUAAGAGAAAUGUAUUGCAAAUCAAGCCAGGUCGUCGUACAAGAUGACAUGCCAAAACGUGCUCCAGAUAAACCUCCAACCGGCCAUCAUGAUUGCAUCACAGAUUUAGCAUUCGUCACAACUCCACAACAUUUGCUCGUCUCCGCCAGCCGUGAUGGCGUGAUUAAGAUUUGGAAGUAGUUUUGAAAACAACUGAAUGAUUUUGAACGAGUUGAAUUGAUUUCUACGUCAACAUAGUUCCUUAUAAGGAAUCCCACUGGAUACAAAUGUGCAUUAUCUUGUUGUAGUGAAGCAUACGAUAAAGUGUAAAUAUUGAAUGUGUACAAAACAAAAUUUUGCAGUAAAAUAAGUUAAUGGUGAAUGUAAUUUAAGAGUAAUUAGUCCCCAUGGUUAACCUUCACAAAAUCAAUGUUUUUGAAUCAUGUGUUGAAGGUGUAUGGUCACCUGAGGGUACGCAGGAUUUCUUUAUAGCCAUUUCCUGCAACUUUUUCUGGAACCAAUGAAGUGAACUACACUAAUUAUAUGUUUUAUUUACAACACAUAGAACCAACCAACAAAUCAAAAGUAAGUCAAGCAAUUGUAAUUUUAUUCUAUUAAAAUGCUUUUUAUGCUCA